AUCCUUUUCUAAUGUCAGUAAAACGUCAACCGAGAGUAGAUGACAAAGGUGAACCGAUGAAGUGACGUUUUUUUUUCCUCAAAAAUAUUAUUAAAUAGUUAAUAUAAAGACCGUUUUAAUGUCUAAAUUAAAGAAAAUCCUGACCAUGGAAAACGCCAAAGUCGAAUAUGUAUACGAAGAUGAAAACGGACAAGAGUUUACGGCGGAAGAGCAGCAGAUCACCGAAGCAGAUCUGCUGGAGCAGCAGGGUGAGGUCCAGGAAAUAAUGAUCGUUGAACAUCACUCAGAAAAUCAGGAACUUGGCGAGAAUAAACCCUCUUUGCUACAUGCUGAAAAUGCCGACAGAGAUCCCGAUUGUAAACGAGGAGAUAAUCACCACUGUUGGGGCAUUCAGCAAUCGAUAAAACUAAUAGAAACAAUGAAAAAAUUCAAAAACGAAUUGGCAAACACAUCAAAUCGAAGGGGAGUUUGGACGCAAAUCCACGAAGACGUGUGCAAUAAAGGUCUAGCCGUAAGUGUACAAGAAUGUCAAAACAAGUGGAAAAAUCUUAUACGAACUUACAAAGAAUGUUGCAAAAUGAGGAACAAAGACAACAUGAGGUUUCGCUACUAUAAAGAAAUGGCAGAUUAUUUCGGUGGAGAAACGUUUGCUGGAGAUCACGAUUAUAACAAGUCCAAGUUGCAUUUAUUUCCCUUGACGAAAUCGGUUAAUCAAGCAGGAGCUUCCAGCUCACACGGAGCACCAACAGUUACAUUUCCCCCGAUAUGUUUUACGGAUAGGCAAUUUAUCGAAUAUACAAACAUGAAAAGAGAGGAGUACGCUGCCAGACAAAAAAGGCACGAAGAGGAAAUGGCACUGAGGAAAAUGGAACUGGAUAUCCAAAAGAAGAAAUUGGAAGUUAUGAAAAAAGCGGCCAUGGCCUCAGUGCAGGGCAGCAAGGCAAUUAAUUUUGGUAAUAAAAAGCGAAAAUAUCCUAAAAGCGAUAAUAAUAGUAGUAUUGAAGAAGUGGAGACUGUUCAGGUUGUCCAGCAAACUCCUGUCAAUAACUUUCAGAUUUUGGCUGACUUGGCGUUUUGAGGGAAUCCCUAUUUUUUUUUUGCUUUUUAUUUUCCAUGCCGUUGGCCGGACGAGGCGACGAGUCUGCUGAUUUCAAUAAUCCGCGAAAGAAAAUUCGAAAUAGCCGAUCGGGACCAGCAAAAUAAACCGCGUCUGUGGAACGAAAUAACGCUGGAAAUGGUCGGGAACGGAUUCCAAGUAACUUGCAAAGAGGUUAAGGCGAAAUGGCGAAACCUGAUCAGAACCUACAAUUUACGAUCGAAAAAUCCACGACAGAAGGGCUUUAAGUUUAAGUUUUUUAAUGAGAUGAGUGAGUUUUUCCAAGAAACCAGCUCCUUAGGUAUGGAUCCUCUUGUGUUUGAAAUAUCUUACGUUGAAGAAGUGGCGUGAGUGUUACAACUGUUUGUUUUGUAAAUAUAUUUAUUUAAUUUUCAUAUUUAGUUUGUAUAUAAAUUAUUAUUUUAAGGCAUACCAAUUCUUUUUUAAUGUUAUUAAAUUGGAAAUAGAAUAUGGUUUUUGCACAUGCA